CCCAUCUGCAUCUGUAAUAGGGAAACAGAAACAGGAGAAUGCAUUGCAGAGGCCCUUGUGACGGAAAGCUCAGUUGCUGUUGAAGACCUUUGAGCUUAACCUGAGUCAUCUGCAAGAGUCUCAUCAGAGGUUAUGGAUGUGCCUAAAACUUUGAAGAGUUCUGGCUGAAAUGCUGACAUUGGUUUCUCUUUGGGGGAAAAAAAAGGUAACUUAUAACAGUAUUCUGCCUGCAUAAUACUCAAGAAGUAUGCUUGACUGAGUCAGAGGUGAAAGAAGACAGAAAUCAGCAAGGCAAAAAGGCAGAAUAAGAGAAGGCCAAAGAAGACAAGGAAAAGCAAGAUAAGACAAGGAAGGACACAAGAAAGGAAGACAAGAAGACACAUUUUAAGACAGUGAAGACACAGGACAAGGAGCAUGGCAAUGGAAGACAAGACCACAUAAAAAGAGAGGACAAACCAAAGAAAACCAACAGGUAAAGUGAGCACAUCAAUCUCCAGCACACCAUUUGGACGAUUUAAGAGCAUCUAGAGAAACAAUGGCAUGCCAAGCAUUUAGCGCGGACUCUUUCAGCACACUCAGUGGAGACUCACCCUUGCCCAUCCUCAUGCACCACCCUUCACCCAGUGACUGCCUUCCAGCCACCUCCCAUGCUCACAGCAUGGUUUCUGCAGUAUCCACCGGGCUGUCACUGGGUCAGCCGUCCAAACGCUCUCACAUGCACCUGUCCACUUCCUCCCUCGGAAACGCUCUCGGAAACGGCCCCCCGAGCCUACAUUACCCAGUUGCCCCCUGUCACUACAGCAACCAGCAGGCAACCUAUGGCAUGAUGGCAGCUCAGGAGAUGCUCUCAGCCAGUAUUUCUCAGACUCGUAUCCUACAGACUUGUGGCGUCCCUCACCCUAACAUGGUGAGCGCUGGAAACCCAUUGCAAGGGUCUCUUACCCCUUGCUUGUACAAGUUUCCAGAUCAUGGUCUAGGUAGUGGUUCCUGUGCAUUAAGCCACAGUUUCUCCUCACUGCCCUCGGCCUUCCUCUCCACUGAUGAGGCCCCUGGGGGCCUCUCUGUUAUAGAGAUGAAAACUGACGCCCAAAGGAAGAGUGUGCGGGAGCCAGAAGACGCCCCUGCUAUGGACUCCCCACAGAUAAGAGAGCUGGAGAUGUUUGCAAAUGACUUCAAAAUACGGAGGAUCAAACUCGGCUACACACAGACUAACGUCGGAGAGGCUCUUGCUGCAGUGCACGGAUCAGAGUUCAGCCAGACCACAAUCUGCAGGUUUGAAAAUCUGCAGCUGAGCUUCAAGAACGCCUGCAAACUUAAGGCCAUUCUGGCUAAAUGGCUCGAUGAAGCUGAGCUGGCAGGAGCCCUGUACAGUGAUAAAAUAGGCAUGAAUGAGCGCAAGAGGAAAAGGAGAACAACUAUCAGCCUUGGAGCUAAGGAGGCUCUGGAGCGCAGCUUUGUGGAAAAAAACAAGCCAUCCUCCCAGGAAAUAGCACGGAUAGCCAAAGGUCUCCAUCUGGAGAAGGAGGUGGUCAGAGUGUGGUUCUGUAACAGACGCCAAAGAGAGAAACGGGUCAAAACCAGCCUCAAUCUUAGCUCCUGUUUGAGCAAAAUCAGCCCUAACUGUAUCACACAGAUGAGCAAAACACAAAGAGCAAUGAUGUGAUUUAAGGUUCAGCUACAGAGUGUGGGUUUACAUCAGGUCUCUAUCAUGACCAUGCUGUUUAAAAAUGCUGUUAAAACCAACAAUCUGACAGAAAUCAAUCUAUUAUUACACAAACAGAAAAACCUAAUAAGCUCUCCUCACUCUGCGUCAACAAACUUCUGAUGCAAUUGCAACACUUUCAUUUCUUCUUACAUUCUGUACAUUAUGGGAAGCUGCAAACACUGCACCACAAGUUUGUGAUAAAAACACAAGUCAAUGUCAUUUUGUUAGUGGAAUCCAAUCAGCAAAUAGUUUUUGCUGAUUUAAAGUUGGAAAGACUUUAAGUGAAAGGCACAAUAUUCACCAUUAAUUCAGCUUAUUAGCAUGCUAAUUAGUAGCAUACUGGCUACUUAUUAGUCAAUAUUAAGUGUUAUUACUAGUACCUUAUUAUAUGACAGUCUGUUAUCUAUAGGUAAUAGACUAUGGUCAUGUAGAAUAAGGUACAAAUAAGUUUGUAAUAAUGUCUAAUAAGGAGCCUGUAUGCUACUUAUUAGCAUGCUAAUAAGCAAAAUUAAGAAGACCUUUAUUUAAAUUGUCUAUUUUCUUGUAAUAUAGAAAUGUUCCUCAUUGCACUGGCUUUCUUCAUCUUAUUUACUUGAAGAGAAAAGUUUCUUUGUAGCUUUUUUUAACCGAUCAAUGUCCAAGAAAGGUUAGAUUAUAGAAAAUGUAAAUACCUUAAAGAGCAGCCAGUAGCUUUUCUUACCUGAAGUUAUAAAAUGAAUGAUGAAUUUAUGAACUUCACAUGGUUCUGCUGAUUUGAUCCUUCAGCCUAUAAACCUGAACUGUAACUUUCCUAAAUCUUAGCUAUGCCUUGUUUUCUCUAUGCAUGUUGUGAAUUCAUGGAGGACUAAACCAAAUACAACUUCAGUACAAAGAUUACUAAAUGGAUCAGCCUUGGGCCUUUUCAAAAUAAUUGUUAAAUUCUGUUUACUUAAUGUGCCUUGUUUAUAUUUUUUAUGGAAGAGAGACAGUACUUGUUUUCUCAUAAGGAAUCUAACAGCAGGAAUCUUUGUGUCAGUUGUGUUACUUUGUGUAUUUUUCACUGUGCUCUUUUAUUCAUUAACUGUCUCUUUAUUUAUGUUGGUCCUGCUGCUGUCACAACAGUAAUAUAUUUAAAGUUUCACCACAACCUAUUUAUUUGAGAUCUAAUAUAUUAUGUUGAUCCACUUUGCUGAGUACAAAACUCUGCUCUGAUUUAUAGCUUGAAGUCACCUGAAACUUUUGGGACAUUUCUGCCAACACACACAUAGACCUGAGCUCUGCUUGGUUCCCUGAUGUAAGAUCAAUUUUUCAUAUCUCUUGAUGUUGUUUGUUGUUGCUGCCUUGACAAAGUGUCAUAAAAAGAAGAAAUCGGCCUGUCACGGCUCUGACCUGGUUGGGAUGACUGAUGUGAAACCUCAAAGGUGAAGAAACGAGCUCUACACACAACAUCCCUCAACCAUUAAAAAAAAAGAAACUACCAUUCUGUUCAUCUUACAUCAGGUAGCAGACAUUUGUGAUCAGAAAAAAAUGAAAUUGAAUUGAAAGAUUAGCAUUGUGCAUAAAAUGAUAAGCCAUGUAUCAAUGUUUGGUAGACAGAUACGUAUACGUACGUAUUUGCUUUAUUAAUUAUUAAUUAUAUGCUUUAAUUCAGCGUGAUUUAAAAUAUCUGGUAAAUCUACCAAAGACUGAGUUUCUCAGGACCAAAGUUUGCACUUGUACUGAUUGUCCUUCAUCUCCCAGACACUGAAUGGUAAAUCAGUUGAAUUCAUUUCUGAGAAUAAAAAUGUUUCAUGAGGA